AUGCCAUCAUUACGGGCCAGAUGGCGCUUUCGAAUCGUUUCUGCGCUGGCAAUUUUCCCUGUAGCAUCUAUUUCAGCUUGCAUACUUUUUGCUGGUGUGCAGAAACAGGUGCGGAAGGUGGACGUGCAUUGCGAAGCACGCCGCGUGGUCAGGUGUCCGAGCUGUGGCCAAGCCCAACGGGCAGACUGUGACGGAAAUGGCCGCUUGCUGGGAACAAUGGCCCAAGUAGCAGAUUGGUCACCGAUCAAGGCAUACAGUGUUUGUCCUCGGUUCCGGGGUAGAUAUCAAAGAAAAGGGCAAAAGUUUGACAGCCUGUUUGAUGGCGAUGUGGAUGGAAAGGAACGCGACCGCAUGCUGGAAGUCCCGGCAACUUGGCGAUCACUGACAAAGAUUCGAAUCCGAGAGCUCCCAGAUAUAAAUUCGCAGGCAACGGGUGACGUAGUCGGACCAUAUGAAAGCUUCAUUGUGGAUGAUGUUAUUCGCAAAGAUGGCCAACACUUCUUGAAGCUGGCCGGCAAAUCAGGUUGGGUGUUUGACCGAGGAGUGGUCGGUUCUUGGUCUGGCAAGCCCAUUUGUGAACGGCUAAAUGAUUAG